UGGAUUAUUUCUGCAGUACAGAUUCAGCCUACGCUCAUUUAAAACAAUCGCAGCUUAAGCUUGUAGAAAUGAGAAGUGGAAAGAACCAGAGGGAAAGUAUGGAUUAAAAGCAGAGGAAAAGCAAGCAGAAAGCCAAGGAAUUGGAAGCUUGUGGGGGAUAAAACAGCCUUCCCUGGUAUAAAAAUGUGGCUUCUGUGCCUCUGGGGGGAAAGUUUGGGCAUCGCUGGAGAGUCAACAACAAUAAGUGCCAACAUAGAUUUUGUUGCCACAGAGCAGAGUCUCAAGCAGAGAUCUGAGAAAGGAAGCAAGGAGGGAUUGAUCCUUUGGAUACCAAGCCCUUGUUUUGAAGGUGUUUGGGCUGCACAGAGGGUUGAAAGCUGUGCCCUCGCCUUCCAUGCUGUGCCCAGUUCCCCAGCUAAAUAUCCGCCCACCUUGCUGUCCUUUCCAGCUCAGCCACGCUCCCGGUCACUUUCCGGUGCCUGGAAGAAAACAAUGGCGUGGACAAGAGGGUCACUCGUUUUGUCUUGCCCGUGGGCGCCACCAUCAACAUGGAUGGCACCGCCUUGUACGAGGCCCUGGCUGCCAUCUUCAUUGCACAAGUCAACAACUACGAGCUCGAUUUUGGACAAAUCAUUACCAUAAGCAUUACUGCCACCGCGGCCAGCAUCGGGGCUGCUGGCAUCCCGCAAGCAGGCCUGGUGACCAUGGUGAUUGUGUUGACAUCAGUGGGGCUGCCAACGGAGGACAUCACACUGAUCAUGGCCGUCGACUGGUUUCUGUAAGUCGCUCAGGGGCAGAAACAGCCCUUCUGGGGCCAGGGAGAGUCUUUUGCCUUGAAGCGGGGGUUUCCCUGGCUUCUCUUGCAUCAAAGGACCGACUUGCCCUUUCCCACUGGGGGCCGAAUUCAAAUUCAGGGAGAUUCUGGAGGUGGAAUGGAACCAGUGUAUGCCUUCAGCUUUAAGCUCUUACCGCCAGUGAUGCACAUGCAAAAGCCAGGAAAUCACCAGGCAAAGGUGCCACAGAAAGUGGACUUGGCUGUUUCAGCAACUUCAGGGAUCCAGAGGUGGACCCCAAGACACCCUUUUUGAGACUCAGGGCCUACAGUUUCUCGCCUCAACCAGGUUACACUCUCAUCCUCAGGAGAGGGCAAUGACAAACCUCCUCUGAACAAAUAUGGCCUAGAACAUCCCAUGAUAGGUUCAUCU